UACAAUAAAAGUCGUCCUAAACAGUUUAUAUCAAACAAUGGGGAGGUGAUGGUGUCAUUAGUUCGAGCAGCUCUUAGGUUAAAUUGUGUCUCAUCGACUACUUUAAAAAAUGCUUUUAACUGUUCGACAAAAUUUAAUCAUUUGGAUGACGUGUACAGAUGGCGGCAAAAGUCAAACCAACAACACAGACUGGCAACGGGCAUUGCCUCAGCUCGAAAGUCUAGAUCUGAGAAAAAGUCAAAAACCUAUCUAUUAAUUACGAUCGCUGGCGUAACAAUCGGUUACAUGAUAUUUCUUAAUCCUAGCGGAGUUGAAGGCAAAGCAAAACAAGAAAUAACAACUGUACCUCAACCUGUAACGCUCAAUACGGCACAGGAUGAUGAAGAAACAUAUAGGAAAUGGCACGCAACAGAGCGUACAGAUUUGCCCACCUAUAAAAUAGACGAUGUGCAUGAGCACAACAGCUUAGAGAACAAAGUUUGGGUAACUUACGGUAUUGGAGUGUACGACAUAACCGAUUUCAUACCAAAACAUCCGGGCAGUGACAAGAUAAUGCUGGGAGCCGGGAAUGCUAUAGAUCCAUUUUGGGCAAUAUAUCAGCAACAUAAUACUAAAGAAAUUUUAACGUUGCUAGAACAAUUUCGUAUUGGUAAUAUUCGAUUAGAAGAUAAUGUGGGAACAAAUGACAUGGAUUCUACAUGGGCACACGAGCCAAAACGUCAUCCUAUACUUAAACCAACGUCAGAAAGACCUUUCAAUGCCGAACCACCAAUAACCUUAUUAGCUAACAGUUUUUAUACACCGAAUGAUUUUUUUUACGUAAGAAAUCAUUUGCCCGUCCCCGUUAUCGAAGCGGAAUCGUACGAGUUAGAGAUUGAAAUAGAAACUCCUAAAGCUCAAACUAGUGAAACCAGCAAAGUUUUGACCUUAGCUGACAUUAAGUCAUUGCCUAAGCAUUCGGUAACAGCAGCAAUUAUGUGCGGAGGAAAUCGCCGUUCCGAAAUGACUGAAGUGAAAGCUGUGAAAGGCCUUUCUUGGAAUGCUGGAGCAGUCGGCAAUGCUAGCUGGUCCGGAGCUCGUUUAAGGGAUCUCUUAAUCGCAAUGGGUGUUAAAUCAAAUGAAUCUUUACACGUUGUAUUUGAAGGGGCGGAUCUUGAUCCAACUGCAAGUCCUUAUGGAGCAUCUAUUCCCCUUUCGAAAGCUAUAGAUGAGAGAGGUGACGUCAUAUUAGCUUAUGAAAUGAAUGGUAAGCCUUUAAGUCGUGAUCACGGAUUUCCCAUACGAGUGAUAGUACCUGGAACUGUCGGCGCUCGAAAUGUUAAAUGGCUUACCCGAGUGACAGUAACAGAUGAGGAAUCGAGCUCACAUUGGCAGCAAAAUGACUAUAAGGGCUUUAGUCCUAGCACGGACUGGGACACUGUAGACUUUACAAAAUCGCCAGCCAUUCAAGCUAUGCCUGUUACAUCAGCCAUCUGUUCACCUAAUGUAGGUGAAAAAGUCAAAAUAUCACCAGAAGGCUUUAUAACUGCACGAGGUUAUGCGUGGUCUGGCGGUGGUCGUCGAAUCGUUCGCGUUGACAUAACUGCUAAUAAAGGUGAAACCUGGUAUGUAGCAGAUUUGGAACAAGAGGAUCUGCCUGAUGGCCGUCACUAUGGUUGGUCUCUAUGGACUGUGCAUAUUCCUGUAGAUAAAAGCCUUAGGGGUCAAGAAAUAGAAAUUUGGUCAAAAGCAGUAGACUCUGCUUAUAAUGUUCAACCGGAAUCAUUUCAUAAUAUUUGGAAUUUAAGAGGUGUUUUAUCGAACGCUUACCACCGCGUUAAAGUGACACUUUCUUAA